AGUGGGCAAACUUACAAAAUCAGCUGGGGUUCAAAAAAUUUUUCCCUGACUAUAUAAAUCACUGCCUUUAGAAAUUAUAUUGUUGGGAAUAUCACCCCCACCACACACAUACAAACACACAAACACCCUCCUCCUCCUUCACUGGAAACCUGUUCUGGAGGGAGUGACUUGAUCCAGGCUGCUCCAAUUAUAUGGAAGCAGCACUUAUUCCACUUUAUUCCAGGCUACAGUUAAGUGGUUUGAAGCCUUCAGAGACACAGGCUUGUAUAAAGGCAGAGCAAUAGGCAGAGAGACGGUACCAAUGUGACAUCUGAGCGGAAAGCUAAAGACAAAGGUAGAAAUAUCUACUACCAAGUAACGCGUUUGCAGUUACACGGAAGAUGCUCCAAAUUAAAUCUAUUGGGGGCUUUUUUCUCUGGAAAUUCACGGCUUCAUAUAAAUGAUUCACGAGAGUCUGUUUCUAUUUCUAAAGGAGUAAUUGCGCACACCGUGAGUUUCAGCUGAGGUCGGCCACCAACCUAUCUGCAGAAAGACGGUAGUAAAAGCUGGGACCAGAGCCUGGUGAAAAUUCUAAAGUCACUUCAUGUGGGGAGUUUGAUAAGCGUUACUUACAACCUGCACUGGACCUCAUCUGUCAAAAGGAUCAACUGUUGCUGCAGCCGGAGCGAGCACAGAGACAUUCUGCAAGUGCGUCUGGCUUUCAUAAUGGAUGAUUGACCGUCACUUGGUCCUGCAUGCAGCCACGCAGCCUAUGUAGUGCAAUUAACAUGGAAAAGAGACUGAUACUGUUGUUGAUGUCUCGGAUACACCUUCAUCUGUCCCGACGUGAUGCCACAUUGUUGCACUGAGGAGAAUGAUAAUAUCCCAAGCAGCUGCCUGCUCAUUCAUGCUGGUUGUGCAUCUCUGUGUGUGAAACAAUUCAUUUCUAUUCUUUCUUCUUUGUUCAAGGGCUUUGGGCAUUUUAACUCAUUGGCAAACGUCACAACUGACAAGCGUUUUGUUAUUGUGACCUUGCCCGGUUUUGACAUCUAUUCAAAGGGAGAUCAUCAUGCUGAUGAUGAUGGAGAACAGCGGCAUGGAUGCGCAUCAGGUUGAUAUUGAUUCGGAAUUUGAGCCUCACAGUCGGUCGCGGUCGUGCACUUGGCCACUACCGUGUCCAGAGGAUUUCCCCGGGGGAGAAGAUGCGACCCGGGGUCUGGCUCUGGCAUCGGUCAAAGUGGAGCAGUACAACGUGCCCGCAUGCCGAGGGAGAGAAAAGGCCAAGUCCUCUCGGCGGAACGCAUGGGGAAACCUGUCGUAUGCAGACCUCAUCACCCGUGCCAUCGAGAGCGCUCCGGAGAAGAGACUCACCCUUUCCCAAAUUUAUGACUGGAUGGUUCGCUUUGUUCCUUAUUUCAAGGAUAAAGGCGACAGCAACAGUUCAGCCGGAUGGAAGAACUCAAUCAGACACAAUCUGUCCCUACACAGUCGCUUCAUCCGGGUGCAAAAUGAAGGGACAGGGAAAAGUUCCUGGUGGAUGCUGAACCCAGAAGGCGGGAAGAUGGGAAAGGGACCUAGACGGCGUGCAGCCUCUAUAGACAAUGGCAUCCGCUACCUGAAGACCAAGGGUCGGAUCAGUCGGAAGAGAGCAGGGGCCAUAGGUCUAGGACGGGGACAAGGUCAAGGUGGUGGACCUGCAUUGCAAGGUUCCCCGGAGCAUGGCAGUCCAGCAGGUAAAGGAGGCGUGGGCAUGGGAGGUGAGGAGUAUGACACCUGGACAGAUAUCCAUUCCCGCACCUCCUCCUCUGCAUCCACGCUGAGCGGCUGCCUGUCCCCGAUCUUGGCUGAGACAGAGGCUGAUGAACCAGAGGAGGGUGGGCUGUCCUGUUCAGCCUCCCCUCGACUCUACCCCAGCCCCACCAGCACACGCUCCCCAGCCCUGGGUAGUGGGGGUCACUGCCCCACUGUGGAGCUGCCCCAGCUGACCGACCUGACUGGGGCUAUCAGUCUAGAUGAGAGUGGCGCCCCCCAGCCACCACAAAUCAAAUGCAAUGGUUAUCCCUAUGUGCCUGGGCCUAAGGCAGAGGGUUCCUACUGCGGGCCCAUGUACGGACAGCCUUCUAUGGGCAUGCUCCGGCACCACACUCCCAUGGAGACCAUCCAGGAGAACAAGCCAGUCAGUUUCCAGCACCCACUGAGGGGCUACUCAGAGAACAAUGCCCUGCAGAGUCUGCUUACUGGGGGUCCUUCGUACUGCAGCAAAGACACAGUGCUAGGCCAGGGACGGGAAACACGCACUCUCAUGACACAGGGAACCAAUGGUAUUCACAGUCACAAUCAAAAUCACAGCCACAAUCAUAACCACGAUCACAGCCAGGAGCAUGCUCACAGUCUCAGUCUACACAAUGGCCAUGCCUCAGUCCAUGACCAGAGCACAACCCACCAUCAGAACCACAAUCAGGGUCACAAACGUCAAGCCAGCCUUGACUACAGCCACAGCCACAAGCCCCUCCCUCCCCAUGACUAUAGUGCAAGUCACGAGCAUGGUAACAAAGUAAACACCAGCCAUGAACACAACCCUCGCUCCAGCCAGAGCCACAUGCACAGCCACAACCCCCACAACCCUAUGCACAGUGGGCCUCACCCACAGGCCCUCUCCCCCCGGGUUAGCACUGACAUCCUGCAGCCCUACAGCCUCAAAACCUCAAACCACUAUGGGCCCCGAUCCCAGCUUCCAACAUCACCGUCCCUGCCACCCAACCCCGCCACUGUAAUGGACGUCCCCCAGGACCCCUGCCGUCUGGCGUCUGCGCCUCAUCCCCGUCACCAGCCUUACUCAGGAGCUCACCAUCAGGGUAUGACUGACUCCUGGCAUGGCUACUUCCACAACAACCAGCAGUCGGGGAAUGCUGGUUACCAGGGGCAACAGCACAACUCCCACAGUAGAAUGGCUGCCAACCUGGAGAUGGAGAACAUCCCUAAUAACCUAGACUGUGAUGUAGACUCCAUCCUGCUCAAUGACUUUAUGGACACGGAGAGCAUGGAUUUCAACUUCGACGGCUCUCUGUCCCAAGGUGUGAGCAUGGGGAUGGGCAUGAGCCUAGGGGCCUUUGCUUGCCCUCCACCGGCACACAGCAACCAGAGCUGGGUGCCAGGAUGAACCCAGACCCAAGGGUUUGGAUAGACCAUGACCUGAAAGCUCACCCACCGGGCCAGGCUGCUGGUGGGCUGUACCCUUGGACUGACUGACUGUGAUUCUGUGUCUCUGAGACUGUAGAACAAAAUACGCAUUGUCAUUUUGUUUCCUGCGGGACUCCCUACACCCCCACAUCCUACCCUUCCUCUCUCCUCCCCUGUUUUUAAAAUCUUAUGACUCCAUAUUGAACCUGCCCCAGAGAGCCCACUGCUACCGCCCUCUCUUCUUCACGCCCUUCAGUUUUUUUGUUUUGCUUUUAUGCACUCCCCCCUAUCUCAUUCUGCCUGUCCUAUGCUCUCAAGCACUUUACACCCACCCUUUCAUACAGAUGCAGUAACACAAAGACCAGGCAAAGUCAUGUUGUGUGUUGGCUUAAGUUUAAUGUAUGCAAUCCACUCUACAGUAUUAUCUCUUCCUACAAAGGAGGUGUUGUUUUUGACUUGAGAACAUGAUCAAACAGCUGCAUAAAUAUCUUUCAGUGUAGAGGUGCUCUCAGAUUUGGGGUUAAAAGGCAGGGGAGGCAUUGAGAUUUAAGAAAGAAGGUUUUUAGAAAAAGGGAAUAAGAAGUAAAGGGAGCUACAGGGCCAGUGUGACUUCUCUCCCUGGUGGACAGUGGCAGUCCCUGUUCAUUUUGGUGCAGGAGGACAGGCAUCCGCUGAGCAACCAUCAACACCACUCCACUGAAAUGCAAUGUCCCUUCUUUAAUCUCCAAAGUAAUGCCAGAGUGAUGCAUCGCUAUUGCAAAUCUAAUGCACCACUCUGUGUUUUUUCAACCCCCUCGCUCCCUCUUCAACUCCGGACACACUGGCUUAAUGUGUUUUGGUGAAAGUGAUGAUUAAAGUCACUCUGCACUCAAUAGCGGAGGGAUUGAAAGUUGAGGGGUGGGAGGGGGGCAUUGAGGGGAGCUGAUAGGAGAAGUGAAAUGCAAAUAUUCCCUCUGUGCCUCUUCCUCUCCAUUUUGUGGAUUUAUGUAGCUUUCCUCAUAAUGAAAUAAGCAACGAUCAGAGCCUGCUGUACAUCCUGAGGAGCUCUGCUAUUGGCCUACACUGGGCUGCCUCAGCAUGGCUCCUUCACCGGCUGACCCCAGAACAGCUUAGCGAGCAGUUGUGGUCAAGCCAGGAUGUUGAUGGAGCUGCCAUCCUCAGACCUUAGCCAACCUUGUCUAAUUCACUAGCACCCAGGUUCAGGCCUACUAUGUGCUUUUACUCCUGUGGACUGCACACUGAUGAACAGCGUCAGCAGAUUACUAUUUGGUGCUAUCUCUUCUUUCCAGGCUCCCUCCUAUCGUGCCGCCCCAUCCCGAGGUUACUCGGAGGGUAAACAAGAGUAAUUAACCGCCAAACAAGAUGGAUGAUUUAUGCAAGUGUGUGUAUUCCUUCAUUGGCACAAAGUCAUAAUUCUUCCCCUACCAAGCACAAGGAGGGCGAUUUUUGUGAGGUGGUGCCCAGCGACAAGGUAAAGUGGCUGGCAAGCGGCGUGCUUACAGCGUCCUUCAGGUCCUUCAAGCAUCCCCUUUUAUAAGCGUCCCCUACCAUGUCCUGGCCAUAGCUUUACUUUAUUGUUGUCUUCUCUUGUGCUUGUUCUGUGAUUGUGCAGUUGUCUGUCCUGUUUCAAAACAUCGUGGAUAGGAGCUUUCAUAUGCAUUUUAUUUUCUUCAUUCCCAGAAGGAAGCAGAUGGGGGUGGGGGUGGGGGCACCUGUCCCACUCAAGAUAGAGCGAACAAGAACAAGAGAGAAGAAAGGUAAGGUUGACAGAUAGAGCAUGUGACUGAAUGGGAGAGAGGUAGCUAGAUGAGUAGGCACGAUCCUGGAGAGAUUUUCCAGCUCGGUAGCUUUCUGUGGAAUUGGCUGUUUGAAUCAGGCCAAAUGUCAAGUGCUACUCAGCCAGCCAGCGAGCUUUGACCAGAAAGCCACUUCUCCCUCCUGAUCAAGGACAAUGACAGGUAUUUCCAUACACAUUUCUUUUUCUUUCUUCUUUCCUUUUCAUGAGUCAAGAUGGCCCAUUGUUGUAACCCAACUGUAAUUUGUUCUCUAGCCUAUGUGCACUUGUGCGUCAAGCUUCUCGUGGGUGUGUGAGAGUGUGUGUGUGUGCGUGUCGCACAGUGAUGUACAAGAACUGAUUAAGGGAGUACCAGUAACUUGCCCUGGUAUCGUCCAUGCCUGGCUGAGUGCAGCAUACAUAAUAUACUGUAUACAGUACAGUUUAUAUUUAUUGGUUAGGACAACGCUCAGACCCUUCACUGCUUUGUCUCCUUGAUGACAAAUAGGCAGAAUGCUAUUUCAGUUUGACUGCAUUUCAUUGAUUCAUACAUAAUCUAUAUUGACAAAAUUGUAUUAUAAUUUUUUUGCAAAUAUCAUUUUCUUUUUCUAAAAUGAUGUAUCUGCUCAU